UAACGACUUCUUUCCACUCGUCACACCGGUGCAAACUUUUUUCGCACUUCACAUUUUUCGUCUAUGUUAAACAGAUGGAAUGUAAAAAGGAUAGAUAUACACGAAGUGCAUAGUAAUGAUGGAAGUAAGAUAUGGUGCGCGCAUUCGGCCAUUAUUACGUAUUGAAAAUUUCAGAAAAAUCACUCGACCGGCCUACUAUGAUUUCUCUACGUCACAACUAGCGAGUAGUUGAUUCUACAUUUUCCCGCUAGAUGGUGAUGCUGCUAUUGCUGCUGUGACGAGUAGACGAGAGGAAAUAAAAUGGCAAAUGCCAUUUCAGAGAAUGUGAACCAUACUAGGAAAUUAAGUUCUAGGCAUGUGAUACAUUUAUUGCUGAAAAUAUCUACAAUGUCAAAAAACAAAUUGAAUUUGACUCUACCUCCUGGUUCCAUUGACCAGACCCCAGCGGUGACACCAACUUCUUCAUUUCAAGAAAAAGUAAACGUGCCCAAUAAUCUCAGAGGAAAUGUAGACAAUUUAACAGCUCGGUUGGAAGAGCUGGACACUUCCUCAGAUAUGGACGACACCCAACGUAAAAGAGUCAAGGCAUUUCUGUGCCAAAAAGAAAUGAUAGGCGGAGAAUUCUCAGAUGAUGACCUGGAAAAAUUAGGUGAACUUGGCUCAGGCAAUGGAGGAGUCGUGACCAAAGUGCUCCACAAAAGUGGCCUCAUAAUGGCAAGGAAACUCAUACACCUAGAGGUGAAACCUGCCAUCAAGAAGCAAAUUAUCCGUGAACUCAAAGUAUUACAUGAAUGCAAUUUUGCCCACAUAGUUGGGUUCUAUGGUGCAUUCCACAGUGAUGGGGAAAUAAGCAUCUGCAUGGAAUACAUGGAUGCUGGUUCUCUUGAUCUGAUCUUGAAAAGAGCAGGUCGAAUCCCUGAAAAUAUUUUAGGUAAAAUUACUUCUGCUGUCUUGAAAGGCUUGAGCUAUCUGAGAGACAAGCAUGCAAUCAUGCACAGGGAUGUCAAGCCCAGUAACAUUCUAGUCAACAGCAGUGGAGAAAUAAAAAUCUGUGAUUUUGGAGUGUCAGGACAGUUGAUAGAUUCCAUGGCCAAUUCAUUUGUAGGAACUAGGAGCUAUAUGUCACCUGAGCGCCUGCAAGGUACCCACUACUCGGUCCAGAGCGACAUCUGGUCGCUGGGCCUCUCCCUCGUCGAAAUGGCCAUCGGGAUGUACCCGAUCCCUCCGCCCGACGCACGAACGCUCGCCUCGAUCUUCGGUCCGCGCAACGACCAGGACUCGCCCGACCACACGAAGGGCCCCCGGCCGAUGGCGAUCUUCGAGCUGCUCGACUACAUCGUCAACGAGCCACCUCCCAAGCUGCCGAGCGGCAUCUUCACCAACGAGUUCAAGGACUUCGUCGACAGGUGCCUGAGGAAGAACCCGGACGAUCGAGCCGAUCUGAAGACGCUGAUGAACCAUGCUUGGAUAAAGAAAUCGGAGUCUGAAGAUGUGGAUGUAGCUGGAUGGAUUUGCAAAACCAUGGACAUUCAGCCUCCAAACAAAUAGAUGAAUAGUUUUUUUACAUUACACCCAAUAUUAACUUGUUCUAGUAGUUGAUUAAAUGAAUAUUAAGUUAUGAUCAUCCAAAAUAGAUUCUUC